AUAUGAGCCCGUCGGGACACCUCUCCUCAGUCCGUACGAAGCUGCCCGCCAGAGUGCACGCCCCGCGGCUCUCGCUGCCGGUAACGACAACAUUCAAGGCAAACAACCAUUGUUAUGUGAACUUGUGUCUCGUGGAACUCAAAACAGUGAAAUGCCGACCGAUAUUAUGUCAGCCUCGUGUCGCGCCGAGCGCUUCGGCAAAAGUUACACCAAGAAAUCUUGUGACGCGGAGGUCAAGUCAGGCUUCGUGGUCCUUUCAGGGCUCGGAAGGAUACGGCAGGACGUAAGAGUGGUGGUUUACAGAACAUCUUUAGAGCACUUCGCCGUGAUAUAUCCUAGGAAGCGUCUAUCGAAGCCUAUAAGUGUCGUUAACUUGAGGAAUACGUCAGUCGAGCGCGCAGAGUCAGAGAUGGGUUUAGUCGUUCGACAAAAAGGUUACGACAAUGCGAUAUCCGCGAAGUUUCUGUGUGCUGAACGAGAUGUGGACUCCUGGAUAACGGCGCUCAGCGCAAGAGUGUCGCCUUCGUGUCAGCAGCAGACGAGCCUGCCGGUGCUCGUAGAGGAGGAAGCCUUCGACAACUGAACAUAAACUAAACUGUGUUGUUGGUAAUUUCAUACCGCCGCGUCGGCGGACCGAAUCGCGCCAGUUGCAUCACGACAUCGAUUAUCCGGAUUCGUUUUGACGGAUAAUGUUUAGCACUAGGCGAGAAACGAGGUUAUGUUUGUUUUGCAAGAUCGAAAGUGAAAGCUCGUUUUUUUGCGGGCGCAAUGAAAGUGUUCUUAAUCAGCGCGUACUCGUGUCGCAUGACUCACGGGUCGCAUUGUGUCGAUAAACAAUCUCCGACGUUGUGAAACAUGCCUAAUGUGAGAAUUCUCAGACUCUGGGAAUACUUGCAACCUAGAAAACAUAAUACAAAUACCUACGAGUGACUCAAAGACCACAACAUGGUAUUUCUUGAAGUGCAAUUUCCACUUAAUUUAAAACAAAAGAAAUGUUUUACUACAGAACUAUUCAUAUCUGUAAUAUUCUUGUAAAUUGUAGUCUGUUUAUGAGUAAACAAGGUAAUCAUAUCUGUAAGUAGAACCUUAAAAAAUAGUUUUCAUUGUAAAGAGCUUAAAUGAUAAGGUAAAUCCUUCGACCCAAUGUAGCUUUGAACAAAUAGCUGUCUUAUUUUAUUCUCUAAUAACAUUAGGUAAUUGUAGUCGUGAUACAUUGCCAAAGCUCAUAAAAUGUAGUCAUUGUCAUUACCAUUAAGGCAUACGAUUUACUUAUUUUGUAACAAGGAUGAUACGCGUAAAUCCUUAUCUUUUGUUCCAACAUUUUCAUUUCUGGAAUAAAUUUCUGUAUUGUAUUAAACCGCACUCACUAACUGACCCAGAGUUAUGUAAAUAGAAACUUAAAAGACAAAUGAAUUUGUAUUUAAAUAGGGUUGUCAAUUUACAGCUUGCAAACUGAUAUGACAGCCAUUUUCUUGCAGGGGACCAAUAGACAAAAUGAUUACAUUAUUCUGAAUGUUUACUUCUUAUUUCAAAUUACGGCUAGAAAUAGAUUCCAGAAGCCUACUUCAAUGAGCGUCAAAACUUCAAUACAACACUUUUUUGCGCGCUUCACACAGUUUAUAAUACAUGUACAGAAUCAAACAAAGACAAUUGGAUAGAGGUAACAAUAGGCGGUAGGUUUAAUUUUUUUUAACUGGAACCUGGACACACAGAUACAGAUACAGAUUUUUAAACAAAAUCCCUUCGGCAACAGUGAAUAGCUUGCACACUAUGCGUAAAAAGUAUCUAUCAUUCUCUGAUAUCUAAACAAAAAGAGAUAUCUCCAAGUUAAACUGUUGCAGUUACCUUUGAACGCAAACUGUCGAGAUAUAGGGGCCACUUGCAUCAUCCCGCUAGCCCGGGGUUAACCGGUUAAACCUGGAGUUACCAUGGUCACCAGUACAAUUUGACACUGGGUUAACGGUUUAACAGGUUAACCCCAGGUUAUUGGGAUGCUGCAAGUGGCGCUAAUUGGAAAAAUAACCGGAAUGGCAGAUACUUUUGGCGCAUUAUUUCAUGCGCUACUAUUGAUACUGACUGACCCUACCUCUUUAUUUGGAUAAAGGCUCAGUCAGAAAAUUAAGCUCGAUCUCUAAAUCCUGACCUUAACACCUCUUAUGACGAAAGGGGGCGACCGCUUCGUCAUACAAACGUAAUCCCAAUUUUCCUCCCUGGAAUAAUAUCCAAUGUUAAUACAUUAUGGAAAAUAUUUUUAUGUAAUUUGAUGUAUAUUAACCAUAGCUGUGCCCCUUCGUUUGUGUUUCGAUUAUUAUAGAAAUAAGGAGCGAAAAACAAAUUCCAUACAAAAUUUUAAAUGCUCCUCUAACUCUAGAUUCAAGAUUCAAAUUAAAUAUGCUAUUAAAGACACAGUUAAAAUAAAUAUAUCAUCUUAAGCCUUUACUCUUAUAAUAAUUACAAAUUAGAAAAAACAAAAUCAAACCAAGGGGCAUAGUUUUGGUUGAAAUAUAUCAAAUUGAAUCAAAAUAUUUUCAAUAAUGUUAAUAUCCAGAGAGAGAAAUGGGGACUACGUCAUGGAAAGGCGGUUUCGGGUUAGUCGUCCACUUUCAUUUUAAGGUUUCAGUCUAAUCAACUUGGAGUCUUGAACCUAAAAGUGGCUUUGACCUGUGACCCCCGUCGGUCACUGAUAGUCCUGAAAUUAGCUACAAAGUGAAAAUGAAGUUACUUUAUUGGAUGUGUAAGACGAGAUGGAUGGUUUUAUCUGUAGAUUAAAAUAAUAUAACCUACCAUAUUCCCCUAAAGGGUGCCACCCAUUACCAGUCUGCCUGCAGUCUCUAGUCCUAUCGGGCGGCCUGCCGUCCCAGGCCAAUAACGUCUACACAAAUAAGCGAUUAUUGCCAACUCUGCAUGCGUCUACAACCUGGCAGUUGAGAGUCGUCAGUUUUCGCCACAAGACCACGGACUCUCCGGCCAAUAUCUGUCGACGCUGACCGGAAUCGUCAAGAGGCCACCCACUCUGGGUUCGCCCUCAGGCUGAAACCAGAAAUGGAACUGUUAGUGUGUGUUUUGCGAUUAACUGACAGACCAAUAUCAUCAGACGAACUAGUAAUCUGUGGACCCCUUAAUACAGAUGUACCUAACGCUAAAAGGAAAUCUAAAUAAAAAUAAAUCUCGUUACUGUAAAUUAAAGAAUAUAUUUUGCGUGGAUUCCAGGCUUAUAUUUUUUUGUAUAACACAAAUACCAGAGUUGAAUUGUAAAUAUUCGUUAAGCCCAUAAUUUAGUCAUGUGUUCUUAAAGUCGAAUUUAUGUCUACAUAAUAAGUACCUACUUAUUUAUUUAACUUAGUUCCUGUAAUAGCUACUGUCAAUUCCUCCGGCCAAACGGGUCAUAUACUCAUGUGUUACGAUGUUGAGGGUAGUUUAGAUAUUGUCAUUUGUUUUUCUAUUUUUUAAAUAGAGAACAUUAAUGUGAUACACAAAUGUGUGAUUGUUUUAUACGUAUAGUAUUAUAUAUAGUAGUAUUUUAAUAAAUAAAUAAUAUUACAGAA